UUGCUCAGGUUUUAACAGUACUACUCAUUUAGCGUCUUGGUCAAAAGCCUGUCACUAUUCUCACAUGCGCAGUGUGACUCGUGUGGGUGGGGAGGAAUUUUUUGUUUAUUUUCGUGGCUAGUUUGGCGGUGCGGCAAACCUGCUGUUGUUAGCAUCGCCGACUGCUCUCACAUGUAUACGUUUUUAAGCCAGUAGAGUCGACAAGCGACACUUGGGAGAUUUAAACACAUUCAACGUAGUGGCUAAACGGCGAAGGACCGUCCUUCACAGAAAGAAAGGUUUCUUAGGCACUUGUAUUGACUCUUAAACUGGAGAGCGAGAGAGAGAGAGAGCGAGAGAGGAACUCCCCAAGGCUGAAACCAAAGGAGAAGGAUGUCCAUCACCAACACACCCACAAGCAACGAUGCUUGCCUGAGCAUCGUCCACAGCCUGAUGUGCCACCGGCAAGGGGGGGAGAGCGAGAGCUUUGCUAAGCGAGCCAUCGAGAGCCUCGUCAAGAAGCUGAAAGAGAAGAAAGAUGAGCUGGAUUCGCUCAUCACGGCUAUCACCACCAACGGAGCGCAUCCCAGCAAGUGUGUGACCAUACAACGUACUUUGGAUGGCCGCCUACAGGUUGCCGGGCGUAAAGGAUUCCCCCAUGUGGUCUAUGCGCGACUGUGGCGGUGGCCUGAUCUACAUAAGAAUGAAUUAAAACACGUCAAAUACUGCCAGUAUGCCUUUGACCUCAAAUGUGACAAUGUUUGUGUCAAUCCAUACCAUUAUGAGAGGGUGGUGUCCCCAGGCAUUGACCUAUCAGGACUGACACUAUCAAGCUCAGGUCCACUCAUGGUGAAAGACGAAUACGACUAUGACAACCAGCAAUCUCAUCCCAGCUCUGAAAGCCACCUGCAGACCAUCCAGCAUCCUCCAUCCAGACCCGGUCCGCAAGAAACCUUCAGCAGCCCCACAUUACUCCCUCCACCGGAGGGAAGCAGCUCAGCUUCCACUUCUGCCUUCUCGAGCAUCAGUGCUGGGCCCUCGAGUGAGUCACCUCCAUGUCUAAGCACUGUUAAUGAUGACAGAGCCCAGUGGAUUGUUAUUGACCUGUUUUUGGUUUUCACAGAUUCCAACCCCAACUGGAGCAGAAACAACAGCUUCACCCCUGCGGUGCCUCCACAUCAAAAUGGACAUCUACAGCAUCAUACACCUAUGCCUCAUACAGGACAUUACUGGCCCGUUAGCAAUGAAAUAGCAUUCCAGCCCCCGAUAUCCAACCAUCCAGCUCCAGAAUAUUGGUGCUCCAUUGCGUACUUUGAAAUGGACGUCCAGGUUGGCGAAACGUUUAAGGUGCCCUCCACAUGCCCGAUAGUGACCGUGGACGGCUAUGUGGACCCCUCUGGAGGCGAUCGCUUCUGCCUGGGCCAGCUGAGCAACGUCCACAGAACGGAGAACAUAGAGAGGGCCAGGCUUCACAUUGGCAAAGGCGUGCAGCUGGAGUGCAAAGGGGAAGGAGACGUGUGGGUACGCUGUUUGAGUGACCAUGCAGUGUUUGUGCAGAGCUAUUACCUGGACAGAGAGGCGGGACGCGCACCUGGGGACGCCGUCCACAAGAUCUACCCCAGCGCUUACAUCAAGGUGUUUGACCUGCGGCAGUGCCACAGGCAGAUGCAGCAGCAGGCAGCGACAGCUCAAGCGGCUGCGGCGGCUCAGGCAGCAGCAGUGGCUGGGAACAUCCCCGGGCCUGGUUCUGUGGGCGGUAUCGCUCCGGCCAUCAGCCUGUCUGCGGCCGCAGGCAUCGGCGUCGACGACUUGCGUCGGCUGUGCAUCCUGCGCAUGAGCUUCGUCAAGGGCUGGGGGCCCGACUACCCCCGACAAAGCAUCAAAGAGACGCCCUGCUGGAUCGAGAUUCAUCUACACCGUGCCCUGCAGCUCCUGGACGAGGUUCUUCACACUAUGCCCAUCGCUGACCCCCAGCCUCUCGACUGAGUCUCAAGGCGUGAGCUUGAACAAAAACAUUUUUUUUAAAAGGGUGGGAGAGGAGGACUGUACAGCCACAGGGACAACGAGCCGUGUCGGGCAAUAGGAUGACAAGCCAAGACACUGUAGAGUCCCUAUAGUCUAAGCUUACAGAGUGGGACAGUACACUGACAACUAGCAUUUUUAUCAAUCAAGCAAACGGACUGUUUGAGGAAAUAAACACAUCCAUAAGUCCACAUAAUAAUGCUACAUCUCUCCCCUAUGCAGACAUUUUAUGUAUUUAAUAUUUAAACUUUGCAGAGCCCCUGUUUUGAGCUUUAUAAUGCCCCUGCUUGGCUUCAGCUGGAGUCUUCUGCUGGUCCAGUCUUCCUCAUACUCCUCCUCAUCCUCUUCCACUGGCUCUCCAGACUCUCAUGUGGCUUCACGUAAGUGGGAGUUUUUCAAUCCAUCCUACUCUUUUUUUCGUGUCAUAUCAGGAUUUUACUCAUGUUCUCAUAUGUAUUUUUUGAAAGUUUUUUUUUUUUUUUUAAAUAUACCUUUUGUGAGAUGCUGAAAAGCCCUUUCCAGACUUGACAUGUUUUAAACUGAUGAUCAUCUCCAUAGCACUUUAAUAUUGUUUAGUUUGUCGUCUCCCGCGUAGUUUUGCUAAAUGCUACGGAACUACGCAAAAUGCAUCAUGAGCUAACUCGCCACAGUACAUCAUAACAUCCCAUAAGCGAGGACUGUGAGAGGAAAUGUAAGAUAGAUAGAUAGAUAGACUCCCUUUAUUGUCAUUGCACAAAAACACAGUAGUGAAAUUGCCAACGAAAUGUCGUUGCCUGGCUCCCAUAUAAUAACAGACACAAAAGAAGAUAAGUAAUAAUAAAUAAUAAUAAUAAUAAUAAUAAUGUGGAGAAUAAAUAGAUAUAAUAGACACCAAAUAUGAACAACAUAAUGUAAAGUGCAGCGUGAACAGUAAAUUGCCCAAAUAAUUUAAAUAAUUAAAUAAAUAAUAAUAAUGUAAGUAAGGUAGAGGGGCUUAUUUGGCAUUCAGCAGUCUGAUGGCCAGGGGGAAGUAGCUGUCUCUGAACCUGGUCGUCCUACAGCGGAUGCUGCAGAACCUUCUCCCCGAUGCCAGGCGAGAGAACAGUCCAUGCUGGGGGUGUGUGGGGUCAGAGCAGAUCCGAUGGGCUCUAGAUACACACCGGCUGUUUGCUAUGUCCUUAAUGGGGGGGAGUUGGGUCCCGAUGAUCUUCUCCGCUGUCCUCACCACUCUCUGCAGUAACGUCCAGUCCGAGGCCUUGCAGCUCCCAGACCAGACGGAGAUGCAGUUGGUCAGCAGGCUCUCGAUGGUCCCUCUGUAGAAGGUGGUAAGGAUAGGAGGGGAGAGGGAGGCUCUUUUCAUCCGCCGCAGGAAGUGCAGUCGCUGCUGUGCCUUCCUCGCCAGAGCGGAGGUGUGGAGUGACCAGCCGAGGUUGUCUGUGAUAUGCACCCCCAAGUACUUGGUUGUGUUCACAACUUCCACGGCUGUGUCGUUGAUGCUGAGUGGAGUGUGGCUGGGUCUGGAUCUCCUGAAGUCGACGAUGAUCUCCUUUGUUUUGUCAACAUUCAGGAUCAGGUUGUUCGCCUUGCACCAAUCCACAAGGUGUCGCACUUCCUCCCUGUAAGCCAGUUCGUUGUUGUCCUGAAUGAGGCCCACAACUGUUGUGUCGUCCGCGUACUUCAGGAUAUGGUUGCUGCUGUACUUGGGGCGACAGUCAUGGGUCAUUAGGGUAAACAACAGGGGGCUCAGAACACAUCCCUGGGGUGAGCCGGUGUUCAGGGAGAUGACACUGGAUGUGUUGUCGCCCACUCUGACAUACUGGGUUCUAUCUGUGAGGAAGUCAAGCAGCCAGUUGCACAGGGAGGUCUUGAGGCCCAGUGGCUCCAACUUGCGUACCAGGUCCUGGGGGAUGAUCGUGUUGAAUGCUGAGCUGAAGUCCAGGAACAGCAUCCGUACAUGGGUGUUUUUCUUCUCCAGGUGCUCCAGGCUCAGGUGGAGAGCAGUGGAGAUGGCGUCUUCAGUGGAGCGGUUUGGCUGGUACGCGAAUUGAAAAGGGUCGAGUGAUGGGGGGAGUAUGGAGGUGAUAUGGUCUUUAACCACCCUCUCGAAACAUUUCAUAAUGGUUGAUGUGAGUGCAACGGGCCGAAAGUCGUUCAGACAUGUAAUGGAUGGUUUCUUGGGCACUGGAAUUAUUGUGGCGGACUUGAAACACGGGGGGACUACAAUAUUGAUGCCAAAUGCAGUAAUUUCAGUCGUUUCCUUUUGUUUCCCCUGCUCGGCACAAUUGAUCAAACAAUAGUGCAGUAUUUUCUACUAUUCUUGCUACAUGCACGAACCACCACAAAAUUUGCAGCUCAACUUUUAUUACAGGCAUAACUUGCAUCCGAAAUACGCACAUCAUGAAUGCAUUAUAUUAGUGUUAAUAUGUAUGAAUAUGAUUGAAUAAAAAUGUAAUGGGCAAACAUGAUUGGUUUUAGGUGGAGUUUGUACGCAAGGAAGUCGAGGCAUUGAACAAGAAAACGUUUAUUACUGCAAAGACAAAGUCACAACUUUUAAGGAAAAAAACAAAAAUAAAACACUAAAAAGAAGCUAGCCUGAGCUGAGAUCUGAAAUAUUCAGAAAAAACAAACUACAUGUGUCUCUUUUUUUUUUAAGGUUUCUAUAGUCAGCAAUACGACACACUAAAUAAAUGAUAACGUCUUUUAUAAAUAUAAAAGUCCUUGUUUUUAUGCAAAAUACAACGAUACAAAUUACCCCACACGCUCGCCAAGUUGAAAAGAUAUAUAUGUAUAUUUAUAUAUAUAUGUAUAUAUGAGGGAAAAACGGCACACAGAAAGAAAGACAUGGAAUUGGUGUGUAUAUAUUAUAUCAGAUAUAAGAAGAGGGGAAAAUAACCAAAUGGUCAGGACAAAUAAAUAAACCUUAACUUCAUGAUAUAUACAUUUUUUUGUCUAAAAUAAACAAAAGCUCCCAAACGUCACUGCCAAAAUGCUUGUGCUUGCAUUCGAGCGUGCUACAGAUGGCCACAACUCACUAAGACCAAUGGCACUUGAUGAAAACCUCUACAAAAACCAAGCAAAAAAACAGAUCACAGCAUCCAGAAACAAAACCAAGAAAAAUCACCAUCAUUAUGAGGAAUAAAGAAAUGUUUACUUACAUGACUCCCAUUGAUAGUUCUAUACAAAUUUAAAGAGAAAAGAAACUUUAGGGAUCAUCUAUCACACUCGUUACAAUAAAUAAUAAUCCAGCUCAGAUCAAGUCCAUGCUGCUGUCCUUGCAACAAAAUGCCUCUGAUGGCAUAGACCCAAAAACGUAUGUCGGUUUUGGAGGGGGAGUUAAAAGGCACUGGAGUCUUGCUAUGGGUCAAGUGAAGCUGCAAAAAAGAAACAGCUUUUUUUCUGCUAGGACAUUUUCUUAGUACAGACAAAUCCAACAAGAAAAAAAUACAUUUUUUUUAAACAAUAACACAUAAAAAUGUGUUGGCAGCAUUGUCAUUAGUCCUGUGUGAGGCUUUUAAGACUCAGAAAUAAAAAAUCACUGUCUGGCACUAAAAUGUAAAACAAACAAAAAAAAAUCUAGCAGCACAGACCAGAAAGCACAUCCAUACGAUUUUGAAGAAAGCAAAGCCAUUUCCCCCCCCGAUAAUCAGGCACAAAUAAGUUUACCAUCGACGUGUUGUGGAUUUAUACAACAAAGGGAGCUGAGAUUUACAUUAAAAUCACAACGCAAAGCCUCAUCACUUAAUUUCUUAAGAAUUCUGUUCAUCUCAACAGUUGGUGAAGCUUUGUGUAAGAGUAAGGCAAAGAUCCAGUGCAGUCCUGUCUGACGCAUAUCUUGACCUCCUUUAAGGCCAACAAAUUGUAAGUAAACAAACAAACAAAAAGAUUACACCUGGUCCUUCUGUACAGUAGCUCUGCACUUUUUGCAGGGUUAUCAUUCCUUAAAACAGGACCACUGACUGUAUGGCAUGGGCGUGGUGAGCCAAACACAAUAAAUAGAAUAAAUAAUCGCAGAGAAAUGGUGCAGACCAUUUUCCAACAAAAAAACAAAACAAAACAAAAAAAGUUCCUAUUUAGGAGGAUUAAUCUCAGUAGUGUCCACAACAUUAGAAGGCUUUAACAUUUCAAGUAUAGAUGGUACAGUAGUCCAUGUGCCUUUUUUUUUCUUCCCUUUUUCACAGUCUACUUACGUACAUCAGCUACCUUGGCAACAAUCACAUCCAUCAAAAGCAACAAAUAAAUGUACUGUAGAAGUAUAUUAUAUAUAUUCUAUACAUAUAUAUCUAGAUUUUUAUAUAUUUCUUUGAAUAUCAGAAAAUAUCUACUUUUGGUCCACUGUACAAAGAUGACCAGAAGUGGGGGGGGGAGCUUGGGGUGGCGAUGUGUUUGAUGGGUGUUGAACAGGAAUGGAAAUUUGUGUUAAGAAAAGUGUGUUUUUUCGCUGUGGUGUUGUGCAAUAGGGUUUGGACAGACUGUGCUGUAUGUGUCAAGGGGGGGCUGGCACCACUGGCUUGAGGUAGGGUGACUUAUGGAUGUGCACACACACACAACGCACACAUACACACACACACCAAAAACAGACAGUAGAACACAACAACACCAUGCACACUUCACCCAAAACAAAGGCUAGAACGCAACAAUAGGCCUCGACAAGGCAGAGUGGGAGCAGGAGUGGGAGUUUGAAUAGGAGAUACCGUACUGCAAGAGAUAUGGAGUGGGAGCGGGAGCGGAGCCUGAAGGGAGGAAAGAGUGGAAGUGGGAACAAGAGUGGGGUCAGGAAUAGGGUCGGAAAAGUAGUAGAUUCAUUCCCGCAGAAGGAGCAGGAGUUGGAUGGCAAAAAGGAAGAAAGAGGGCAAGCGGGAGCAGUGACAUUAGUACAGAGGGCAGGGGUAUAAACUGAGAUAGCAAACAUGAGCAGGGAUGGGAAAUGUGGGGGAGGAGAUAUACAGUACUGGAGUGGGCACAGGAGCAGGAAUGAGGGUUGGAGAGCAGAAGCAGGAGUGGGUUCCGUAGCAGUAGUGUGAGGGCAGGAGGGAGAAAGGGAGAAAGCAGGAACAUGAAUAAGGGUGGGGAAAAGAGGUACGGUACUGCAGACGUCAAACCAGGAUAAAAUGUACCGAGAGCAGAAAAAAAAAAUCAGGAUUAUGGCUAGGAAAAGGAGAUACAGAAGAAAGGAGUUGGAACAGGACUGAAAGGAGGGAUGAGUCCAACCAUCAUGAGUCAAAGAUGUAAGAAGCUUAGCGGCGCUGAUCCCGACGAAAGCAACAGUUGUGUCUGUGACUGCAUCCCUCGGUCGAAACAAUGAUGAGCCAGCCCAAAUCCAACCAACCAAAAGAGCCUAGCCUGUGUUGGGGGAUGCUGCAAAAAGCAAAACAAAUCAAGGAACCCAAAAAAGUAAAAGAUGGGGUGACAGUGGCUAGUCAGGACACUGAGAACAGCAGUAUUUUGGAAUAAGGCACUGUGAUAAAGCGGAGGUACAUUAAAUCCCUGACAUUCCUUCUGCUCUGAGACAUGGCACAACAGCUAUUGGCUCAUUCUCAGCCGCCUCUCAUUGGGUUGUUGUUUUUUUCUUUUUUUUGGUCCUUUUUGUAAAUGUAGUAAAUUUGAUUGAGACAGAAAACUGCAAAAAACGGGAACAUGUCCAGCAGGCUGAUUUCUUUGUGAUUAACAUGGACAAAAGGCAAACGUUAUGUAUUGAGUGCAUAAUAGUCUACUGGUGAGAGGAUGUGGAUUUGUACAGCUGAUGUCUUCCUCCUAUUUACAAGAGUAGCAGCGCACUUAUUCCUUACGGGGGUCCGUUUUAGUGGAGGCUAAAAGCGUUACGCAGCUUGUGAUAUAUAAAGGCUACCGCCCCAUCGUGGUUGGUCCAAUGCCGUACAUAACAGCUACAUACAAUCGUCCAAAAUAGUUCUUGUUCAGCAACUAAUUCCAACACAAUGAUAGCACCAUGUUUUUGGGUUAUACUAAUCAAAACGUACAGUACAUCUAUGUACAAUGGGCUAUUGGAGCUCAGAGACAUCAGUAGUUUGAAGGAUUUUCGUGAGAGCUUAACCCUGUUUUAUAGACAAGCGGUGUCAUCUUCCUCCGUUUGUUGCUGCUAAAACAAAGACUUAUUACAAGAGGCAGCAUCCUGGCCACGGUAUCAAUACCCCAAGCGCUCUUCCGCAUGGACCGGGCUGGACUGUGUCGACCCGAGUGCAGACAGAGACAAAAGAGAUGUAAACAUGGAGGCUGACAGAUAUGUGGGGAAAGCGAGACAAGGUCAGACAUGUCCUCUCACACCAUCAAACCGAGGCGUAGGUGUUGCCUGUGGCGCUGCAGUGGCGGAUGGUCGGGGUGCCGGCCGAGGGGGUUAAGAUGUGCUCGCUGUGGUCUUGCGGGGGCUGUGGCAGUGAGUGGAGGACGCCGGGCUGGACCACACCCACCACAGGGUGGGAUCCGUCCUCCAGACCGCCGACCUGAAUGACCUGGAUCACCUCGUGUUCGGACUUCUCACGUUUGGCCAGGGGUUCCCCCGACUCUUCCGACUCGUCAUCCAAAUCGCUAUCCAGUCCGCUCGUUUCAUCUGUUGGGUGGAGAGAACAUUUUAAAAAGUAGAACAGUGAUGCUCGGGAGGAUUCUGGAGGAUGACCUAAAAUGUUGGCUGGGCAGUUCCAUUUCAAGUCCGAAUGAAGGAGAUAUUCCACGUCAUAGCAAACCAACCAAAGCUUUCCCACUCUUUCCCUGAAAUUGUUUUUCCAGGACAUUACAUACUAACGACACUAGCACGCAGACCUCACAGCUAGGAGACCGGGGUUCAAUUCCACCCUUGCGCAUCUCUGUGUGGAGUUUGCAUGUUCUCCCUGUGCAUGCGUGGGUUUUCUCCGGGUACUCCGGUUUCCUCCCACAUUCCAAAAACAUGCUAGGUUAAUUGCCGACUCCAAAUUGUCCAUAGGUAUGAAUGUGAGUGUGAAUGGUUGUUUGUCUAUAUGUGCCCUGUGAUUGGCUGGCCACCAGUCCAGGGUGUACCCCGCCUUUCGCUCGGAGACAGCUGGGAUAGGCUCCAGCACCCCCGCGACCCUCGUGAGGAAAAGCGGUAGAAAAUGAAUGAAUGAAUGAAGUAACGGCACUUUAGUACUUUUUAAUUUCUAGUUUUUAGGUGCUCAGUCCUUAAUGGGGGAUGCUCCUGCUUUGUGAAUCUAGCUAGAUUGGACUAAAGAUGUUUGUGUAAGGAUGCACGUACCUUUAUCGAUGUUUGAGAGUGACAGGCUGUUGAGGCUGUCAAACUGGAAGUGAAAAGCAAAACCGUUUUCAGCGUUCUCCCAUGGAAUCAUCCUAAAUCUGAUGUAGCGGUCAUACCUCGCCCAUGACACCGAUGGGCGUCUCUCCAGUGGCUUGGGCCACGCGGUGCUCCACUAGGUAGAACAUAUACUCAUCGUAGAGCAGGCGGAUCAGGUGAAAAGAACCGAAGCUGGCAGCACUGCGCAGUGUCAGAUCCCGGAUCACCAUAGAGCUGACCAAAAGAGGAAAAAAAGAGUGAGUAUCUAUUUUUUAUCCACACGGUGCAUUGAUGUAGUUUCCACCUGUAAAAGGACCACUUGAGUAGGAACUGCCGGGCCGCCUUGGGGAAGCUGGGCCGCUGCUCAUAGGGCUUCAGCACUUGAGUGACCACGUUAUCCAGCCAGGCCGCCCACUGCUCCAGGGAGCUUUGCUGCUGUAGCGUGGCCUUGAAGUCCUGCUCCAAGUGCUGAACCAUGCCCUCCUCGCACUGGCACACCCACGACGCUUGCUCCUGUUUGGCAUAGAAAACCAGCGAUGAGUUCCUGCGGCUCAAGACUGGAGAAGAAACGGUAAUGUGUGUCGGCCGUUACACGAACCUGCACGUUGGCAAAGUCGACGCGAUUGAGAUCGCUCAGCAUCUGGUUGAUCUGUGACGUGUUCUGCAACACGGCACGGGCCGCCUGAGCCAGAUGGUUCAGAGACGUGUAUCUGCGUAGUGUUUGCGCAAAGGCACUAACAGCGGCAACCUAAUCAAAGGAGAGGCCCUGGUCAGACGACUUACUUGCUUACUUGCUAAACCAAUCAGGAUAAUGAAUACAGAAGUGUUUUUAAUCAUCAUGAUCAUAUAGAUCAGGGGUCUCAGACACGCGGCCCGCAGGCCAAAUGUGGCCCGCAGGACACUAGUUUGAGGCCCCUGCCUUGAUAUGAAAGUUUAAUGUUAGUGCGGCCCGCGCAAGUUUGAUAUGGAUGCUGUAUGGUAUCAUGUACCCAGAAAAAAUUAUUACGUUUGAUUAAUGUUCAUGUUAAAGGUUAAAUAACUGUUAAUAGUUAUCCUCCCUAUCUGUGUGGAAGUGGUAAGUUUUUGGCUUUUUAAGUUUAAAGGAAAUAAAUUGAAGGCUACUGUUUAGGUCGCUAGCUCUCUAGUUUGCGAGUUAACAUGUGUCUCAAGACCCUGCAGUUGCGCAAUAUGUUGUAAAUAAAGAGUAUACAUGUGACUAUAGUCGUGUUUUGUCAUGUCUACAGGGCUCUAAUAAUGCUUUGUUAAUUUUAAUCAGAAAAAAAUAAUUUGUCUACCCACCAACUAUAUGUGGUUUAAGUUUUUAUUAUUUGCUGUUUUAUUAUUAUUAUUAUUUAUUUAUUUAUUACUGAUUG